AUGACAGAAGCGGUAUCUCAAACCGCUAAUCAUCAACGACUGAAGGAAAUGUAUAUACAUCUAACACCACUUAAUGCUCGGGUACCUUACAGUUUAUGUAUUGAUAAAGAAGAAAAUGUGUGGAUUGCAAGCAAAGGAGGAUUAUUUAAAUUAAAUCGUUCUGGUCAAAUUCUCUUUCAAGAAAAAAACGAUACAGCGAAGAAAGCUGAACCGUUUUGCAACGUAUCAUUGUGUGAAGAUAAGAUAAUUUAUGCUUAUUCGGAAUCGGUGUCAGGUUUGACGGUGCUAAAGAUUUUGGCAUUAGAUGGGGCAUUGAUUAGCGAGCAGUUUAUUGAUGGAAAAAUUCAGAGUCUUAGUGUCAGUGGCAAUGGCAAAAUAUUUCUGACGAAACGAGCUUUUGGAGAAGAUUCUGUUAUCUUCAGGUGUACGGAUAUUGUUUCUCCCAGUUGUUGGGAUGAAGUCAUUUGUGAAGAUGAGUAUGUCUUCCAAACAGUUUGCACUUUGAGCAGUGAUUUGCUAGUAGUCUCAACAUGUACUCAACCCAUUAAUAUGUAUUCCAGACAGUGUCUUCGAUUAAUCAGUGUAAAAGAAGGUAGAAUGAUCAAAAGUUUCAGUAGUGAAGGAAAAAAGGAUGGACAAGUUUUUUUUCCUCUUUCUAUACAGAAAUAUGGUGACGAUAUCCUAGUUUUGGAUAAGACAGGUCGUAUUCAGCAGUUUACACAAGAUGGCGAGUUCGUUUGUCUAGCUGCAAAGAUUGAUGCAUAUUUAGGUAAUUCAUUUGUUGUCGAUGGAGACAUGGCUCUUGUUGCCUGCUCGGGCAUUGUGCUUGAUGAGAAUGCUCAAACAAUUUGUGAUGAUUGGUUGGAAAUGGUUCCACUGAAUGGUAGUGAAUGGCUUCCAGAUUAA